GGGCUUGAGUCUUGGACUGGGUGUGUGUAUCCUGUUCUCAGGGACACUGAGAUAUGUUUGUGCCUGUGGUUGUGCUUGAAGCUCUGCCUGGGCAGAAGUGGCAGUGGAAAGGGGGAGGCCCUACUCAGCCAUGGGGUUCAGUGUGGGGCGCCUGCCUGCAGGUAUCUCUGCAGCUUAGGCCUGGGACAUCCAGCUACCUUCCCUUCAGCCGCUCCUUCCUGGACCGCAGCCCUGGAGCCUUUCUUCUCCCAGACCCCCAAGGGCCAGGUUGGCGGCCUGCCCACCACCUCCGGCGGCAAGCGCUUCCAGCUCUGGGCCCUAGGACUGUUCUGCACCGAGCGCCACCUGGCCAAGCGCCUUAAGAACAACAGCUUCUACCCGUUCAUCCAACAGCAGCCCAAUGUCUUCGUGCUUGAGUACUACCUGGACACGCUGUGGAAGGGGACACUGCUCUUCGUCGUCUGCCUCCUCCUCGUCAGCUUCGGCUUCGUGAGCCAGGUGCAGAAGCAGGAGACUUGGGGCUUCCCCGCGUGCGGCGUGGUCGUCGGCCUGUGGCUCAUGAUUUCGUCUUUGCCGCGGCGCCGCCUGGUGCUGAACCACACGCGUGGCACGUACCACUUCUCCGUCCAGGGCCGCACGGUGUGCCAGGGCCCCAUGCACCUAGUCUACGUGCGCCUGGCGCUCAGCUCCGACGCUUAUGGAAGGUGCUUCUUCCAGUUGGUUCUAUGCGGCCACAAGCUGGAGCCGCUGGUGCUGGUGCAGCUGUCGGAGCGCUAUGAGCAAAUGGAAUACUUGGGCCGUCACAUUGCCCGGAAACUCAACAUCAAUUACUUUGACUGCCUGGCCAAGUCGUACAGGCACGUGGUCCGUCACUGGCCGCUGGGGGCCACCUUCAGCCCCGGCAUCGUGCAGCGCAAGACCGGCACUUAUGGCCAACAGACCUUGCAGUCUGACCUGGACGUGUGAUUCUGAAGGCAGGUGCCCCAGCGCUGCCCCUGCCCCUCAGGCGUACAGUCUCCCUUUCCCUGUGAUUUCCCACCUUCACUGGACCUUAGUCUUCCCCUCAAUAAAGCCACCUCUUGCUUCCA